AUGAAGCCGAAGGCAGGUUAUGAUUACCUGGCCACCGCCGCCCACUUCGCAGCCGAAUCUUCCACCGGCACCAACGUGAACGUGUGCACGACGGAUGACUUCACCAAGUCGGUGGAUGCCUUGGUCUACUACAUCGAUCCUGAUAGCGAGGAGAUGAAGAUCGCGUACCCCACCCUGCUGUUCGACCGCAACAUCAUCGACGGCCGCGGCAUGAUGUGCUCCUUCCUGACCCUGGCCAUCGGCAACAACCAGGGUAUGGGCGAUGUCGAGUACGGCAAGAUCUACGACUUCUACCUGCCCCCGUCCUUCCUUCGCCUGUAUGAUGGGCCCGCUGUGAACGUGGAGGACAUGUGGCGCAUCUUGGGCAAGGGCACCAGCAACGGUGGUCUCGUGGUUGGAACCAUCAUCAAGCCCAAGCUCGGCCUGCAGCCCAAGCCUUUCGGCGAGGCCUGCUAUGCCUUCUGGCAGGGCGGAGAUUUCAUCAAAAAUGAUGAGCCGCAGGGCAACCAGGUGUUCUGUCAGAUGAACGAGUGCAUCCCCGAGGUCGUGAAGGCCAUGAGGGCCUGCAUCAAGGAGACCGGUGUUGGCAAGCUGUUCUCGGCCAACAUCACCGCGGAUGAUCCCAACGAGAUGAUCGCCCGCGGCAAGUACUGCCUGUCCCAGUUUGGCCCACUCUCGGAGAACUGCGCCUUCUUGGUGGAUGGAUACGUCGCAGGAGGCACCGCCGUGACCUGCGCCCGCCGCAACUUCCCCAAGCAGUUCUUGCACUACCACCGAGCCGGACACGGAUCCGUGACCAGCCCCCAGACCCAGCGCGGCUACACCGCCUUCGUGCACACGAAGAUCUCGCGAGUCAUCGGUGCGUCCGGCAUCCACACCGGCACCAUGAGCUUCGGCAAGAUGGAGGGCGAUGCCUCCGACAAGAACAUCGCCUUCAUGCUUCAGGACGAUGAGGCCGAUGGCCCCUACUACCACCAGGAGUGGGAGGGCAUGAAGCAGACCACUCCCAUCAUUUCCGGCGGUAUGAACGCCCUGCGUCUGCCGGCCUUCUUCGAGAACCUGGGCCACUCCAACGUGAUCCUGACUGCCGGUGGUGGCUCCUUCGGCCACAAGGACGGACCCAAGCCGGGUGCCAUCUCCUGCCGCCAGGGUGAGGAGGCCUGGAAGGCUUGGAAGGCCGGACAGUAUGGCAACAUCAGCCUGAGCGAUGGCGUCAUCGAGUUCGCCAAGACCCACGAGGAGAUCAAGGGCGCUUUCCUUACCUUCCAGAAGGAUGCCGACCAGAUCUACCCGGGCUGGAAGGAGAAGCUGGGCUACACCGGCGAGUCCUCGGUGCAGGCUGCCAGCUUCGACUGGGCCAAGAAGGCCUCCGCCGCGGCCUUCGUCGGCGCCAGCGUGGCCCCUGCCAAGAAGGAGAGCAACGUAUCGCUCAAGGCCCUGGAUCAGUCCAGCCGCUACGCAGACCUGUCCCUGGACGAGGCCACCCUGGUCAAGAACGGCAAGCAUGUGCUCGUUGCCUACAUCAUGAAGCCGAAGGCAGGUUAUGAUUACCUGGCCACCGCCGCCCACUUCGCAGCUGAGUCUUCCACCGGCACCAACGUGAACGUGUGCACGACGGAUGACUUCACCAAGUCGGUGGAUGCCUUGGUCUACUACAUCGAUCCUGAUAGCGAGGAGAUGAAGAUCGCGUACCCCACCCUGCUGUUCGACCGCAACAUCAUCGACGGCCGCGGCAUGAUGUGCUCCUUCCUGACCCUGGCUAUCGGCAACAACCAGGGUAUGGGCGAUGUCGAGUACGGCAAGAUCUACGACUUCUACCUGCCCCCGUCCUUCCUGCGCCUGUAUGAUGGGCCCGCCGUGAACGUGGAGGACAUGUGGCGCAUCUUGGGCAAGGGCACCAGCAACGGUGGUCUCGUGGUUGGAACCAUCAUCAAGCCCAAGCUCGGCCUGCAGCCCAAGCCUUUCGGCGAGGCCUGCUAUGCCUUCUGGCAGGGCGGAGAUUUCAUCAAAAAUGAUGAGCCGCAGGGCAACCAGGUGUUCUGUCAGAUGAACGAGUGCAUCCCCGAGGUCGUGAAGGCCAUGAGGGCCUGCAUCAAGGAGACCGGUGUUGGCAAGCUGUUCUCGGCCAACAUCACCGCGGAUGAUCCCAACGAGAUGAUUGCCCGCGGCAAGUACUGCCUGUCCCAAUUUGGCCCACUCUCGGAGAACUGCGCCUUCUUGGUGGAUGGAUACGUCGCAGGAGGCACCGCCGUGACCUGCGCCCGCCGCAACUUCCCCAAGCAGUUCUUGCACUACCACCGAGCCGGACACGGAUCCGUGACCAGCCCCCAGACCCAGCGCGGCUACACCGCCUUCGUGCACACGAAGAUCUCGCGAGUCAUCGGUGCGUCCGGCAUUCACACCGGCACCAUGAGCUUCGGCAAGAUGGAGGGCGAUGCCUCCGACAAGAACAUCGCCUUCAUGCUUCAGGACGAUGAGGCCGAUGGCCCGUACUACCACCAGGAGUGGGAGGGCAUGAAGCAGACCACUCCCAUCAUUUCCGGCGGUAUGAACGCCCUGCGUCUGCCGGCCUUCUUCGAGAACCUGGGCCACUCCAACGUGAUCCUGACUGCCGGUGGUGGCUCCUUCGGCCACAAGGACGGACCCAAGCCGGGUGCCAUCUCCUGCCGCCAGGGUGAGGAGGCCUGGAAGGCUUGGAAGGCCGGACAGUAUGGCAACAUCAGCCUGAGCGAUGGCGUCAUCGAGUUCGCCAAGACCCACGAGGAGAUCAAGGGCGCUUUCCUUACCUUCCAGAAGGAUGCCGACCAGAUCUACCCGGGCUGGAAGGAGAAGCUGGGCUACACCGGCGAGUCCUCGGUGCAGGCUGCCAGCUUCGACUGGGCCAAGAAGGCCUCCGCCGCGGCCUUCGUCGGCGCCAGCGUGGCCCCUGCCAAGAAGGAGAGCAACGUAUCGCUCAAGGCCCUGGAUCAGUCCAGCCGCUACGCAGACCUGUCCCUGGACGAGGCCACCCUGGUCAAGAACGGCAAGCACGUGCUGGUCGCGUACAUCAUGAAGCCGAAGGCAGGUUAUGAUUACCUGGCCACCGCCGCCCACUUCGCCGCCGAGUCCUCCACCGGCACCAACGUGAACGUGUGCACGACGGAUGACUUCACCAAGUCCGUGGAUGCCCUGGUCUACUACAUCGACCCUGACAGCGAGGAGAUGAAGAUCGCGUACCCCACCCUGCUGUUCGACCGCAACAUCAUCGACGGCCGCGGCAUGAUGUGCUCCUUCCUGACCCUGGCUAUCGGCAACAACCAGGGUAUGGGCGAUGUCGAGUACGGCAAGAUCUACGACUUCUACUUGCCCCCGUCCUUCCUGCGCCUGUAUGAUGGGCCCGCCGUGAACGUGGAGGACAUGUGGCGCAUCUUGGGCAAGGGCACCAGCAACGGUGGUCUCGUGGUUGGAACCAUCAUCAAGCCCAAGCUCGGCCUGCAGCCCAAGCCUUUCGGCGAGGCCUGCUAUGCCUUCUGGCAGGGCGGAGAUUUCAUCAAAAAUGAUGAGCCGCAGGGCAACCAGGUGUUCUGUCAGAUGAACGAGUGCAUCCCCGAGGUCGUGAAGGCCAUGAGGGCCUGCAUCAAGGAGACCGGUGUUGGCAAGCUGUUCUCGGCCAACAUCACCGCGGAUGAUCCCAACGAGAUGAUCGCCCGCGGCAAGUACUGCCUGUCCCAGUUUGGCCCACUCUCGGAGAACUGCGCCUUCUUGGUGGAUGGAUACGUCGCAGGAGGCACUGCUGUGACCUGCGCCCGCCGCAACUUCCCCAAGCAGUUCUUGCACUACCACCGAGCCGGACACGGAUCCGUGACCAGCCCCCAGACCCAGCGCGGCUACACCGCCUUCGUGCACACGAAGAUCUCGCGAGUCAUCGGUGCGUCCGGCAUCCACACCGGCACCAUGAGCUUCGGCAAGAUGGAGGGCGAUGCCUCCGACAAGAACAUCGCCUUCAUGCUUCAGGACGAUGAGGCCGAUGGCCCCUACUACCACCAGGAGUGGGAGGGCAUGAAGCAGACCACUCCCAUCAUCUCCGGCGGUAUGAACGCCUUGCGUCUGCCAGCCUUCUUCGAGAACCUGGGCCACUCCAACGUGAUCCUCACCGCCGGCGGUGGCUCCUUCGGCCACAAGGACGGGCCCAAGCCGGGUGCUAUCUCCUGCCGCCAGGGUGAGGAGGCCUGGAAGGCCUGGAAGGCCGGACAGUAUGGCAACAUCAGCCUGAGCGAUGGCGUCAUCGAGUUCGCCAAGACCCACGAGGAGAUCAAGGGCGCUUUCCUUACCUUCCAGAAGGAUGCCGACCAGAUCUACCCUGGCUGGAAGGAGAAGCUCGGCUACACGGGCGAGUCCUCCGUGCAGGCUGCCAGCUUCGACUGGGCCAAGAAGGCCUCCGCCGCGGCCUUCGUCGGCGCCAGCGUGGCCCCUGCCAAGAAGGAGAGCAACGUCUCGCUCAAGGCCCUGGACCAGUCCAGCCGCUACGCAGACCUGUCCCUGGACGAGGCCACCCUGGUCAAGAGACUCGGCUGCAGGUUGGAGUGGCUGGUGCUGAUCUCACAUGAGAGGAACGGCAAGCAUGUGCUCGUUGCCUACAUCAUGAAGCCGAAGGCAGGUUAUGAUUACCUGGCCACCGCCGCCCACUUCGCAGCUGAGUCUUCCACCGGCACCAACGUGAACGUGUGCACGACGGAUGACUUCACCAAGUCGGUGGAUGCCUUGGUCUACUACAUCGAUCCUGAUAGCGAGGAGAUGAAGAUCGCGUACCCCACCCUGCUGUUCGACCGCAACAUCAUCGACGGCCGCGGCAUGAUGUGCUCCUUCUUGACCCUGGCUAUCGGCAACAACCAGGGUAUGGGCGAUGUCGAGUACGGCAAGAUCUACGACUUCUACCUGCCCCCGUCCUUCCUUCGCCUGUAUGAUGGGCCCGCUGUGAACGUGGAGGACAUGUGGCGCAUCUUGGGCAAGGGCACCAGCAACGGUGGUCUCGUGGUUGGAACCAUCAUCAAGCCCAAGCUCGGCCUGCAGCCCAAGCCUUUCGGCGAGGCCUGCUAUGCCUUCUGGCAGGGCGGAGAUUUCAUCAAAAAUGAUGAGCCGCAGGGCAACCAGGUGUUCUGUCAGAUGAACGAGUGCAUCCCCGAGGUCGUGAAGGCCAUGAGGGCCUGCAUCAAGGAGACCGGUGUUGGCAAGCUGUUCUCGGCCAACAUCACCGCGGAUGAUCCCAACGAGAUGAUUGCCCGCGGCAAGUACUGCCUGUCCCAAUUUGGCCCACUCUCGGAGAACUGCGCCUUCUUGGUGGAUGGAUACGUCGCAGGAGGCACCGCCGUGACCUGCGCCCGCCGCAACUUCCCCAAGCAGUUCUUGCACUACCACCGAGCCGGACACGGAUCCGUGACCAGCCCCCAGACCCAGCGCGGCUACACCGCCUUCGUGCACACGAAGAUCUCGCGAGUCAUCGGUGCGUCCGGCAUCCACACCGGCACCAUGAGCUUCGGCAAGAUGGAGGGCGAUGCCUCCGACAAGAACAUCGCCUUCAUGCUUCAGGACGAUGAGGCCGAUGGCCCCUACUACCACCAGGAGUGGGAGGGCAUGAAGCAGACCACUCCCAUCAUCUCCGGCGGUAUGAACGCCCUGCGUCUGCCGGCCUUCUUCGAGAACCUGGGCCACUCCAACGUGAUCCUGACUGCCGGUGGUGGCUCCUUCGGCCACAAGGACGGACCCAAGCCGGGUGCCAUCUCCUGCCGCCAGGGUGAGGAGGCCUGGAAGGCUUGGAAGGCCGGACAGUAUGGCAACAUCAGCCUGAGCGAUGGCGUCAUCGAGUUCGCCAAGACCCACGAGGAGAUCAAGGGCGCUUUCCUUACCUUCCAGAAGGAUGCCGACCAGAUCUACCCGGGCUGGAAGGAGAAGCUGGGCUACACCGGCGAGUCCUCGGUGCAGGCUGCCAGCUUCGACUGGGCCAAGAAGGCCUCCGCCGCGGCCUUCGUCGGCGCCAGCGUGGCCCCUGCCAAGAAGGAGAGCAAAGUAUCGCUCAAGGCCCUGGAUCAGUCCAGCCGCUACGCAGACCUGUCCCUGGACGAGGCCACCCUGGUCAAGAGACUCGGCUGCAGGUUGGAGUGGCUGGUGCUGAUCUCACAUGAGAGGAACGGCAAGCAUGUGCUCGUUGCCUACAUCAUGAAGCCGAAGGCAGGUUAUGAUUACCUGGCCACCGCCGCCCACUUCGCAGCUGAGUCUUCCACCGGCACCAACGUGAACGUGUGCACGACGGAUGACUUCACCAAGUCGGUGGAUGCCUUGGUCUACUACAUCGAUCCUGAUAGCGAGGAGAUGAAGAUCGCGUACCCCACCCUGCUGUUCGACCGCAACAUCAUCGACGGCCGCGGCAUGAUGUGCUCCUUCCUGACCCUGGCCAUCGGCAACAACCAGGGUAUGGGCGAUGUCGAGUACGGCAAGAUCUACGACUUCUACCUGCCCCCGUCCUUCCUGCGCCUGUAUGAUGGGCCCGCCGUGAACGUGGAGGACAUGUGGCGCAUCUUGGGCAAGGGCACCAGCAACGGUGGUCUCGUGGUUGGAACCAUCAUCAAGCCCAAGCUCGGCCUGCAGCCCAAGCCUUUCGGCGAGGCCUGCUAUGCCUUCUGGCAGGGCGGAGAUUUCAUCAAAAAUGAUGAGCCGCAGGGCAACCAGGUGUUCUGUCAGAUGAACGAGUGCAUCCCCGAGGUCGUGAAGGCCAUGAGGGCCUGCAUCAAGGAGACCGGUGUUGGCAAGCUGUUCUCGGCCAACAUCACCGCGGAUGAUCCGAACGAGAUGAUCGCCCGCGGCAAGUACUGCCUGUCCCAGUUUGGCCCACUCUCGGAGAACUGCGCCUUCUUGGUGGAUGGAUACGUCGCAGGAGGCACCGCCGUGACCUGCGCCCGCCGCAACUUCCCCAAGCAGUUCUUGCACUACCACCGAGCCGGACACGGAUCCGUGACCAGCCCCCAGACCCAGCGCGGCUACACCGCCUUCGUGCACACGAAGAUCUCGCGAGUCAUCGGUGCGUCCGGCAUCCACACCGGCACCAUGAGCUUCGGCAAGAUGGAGGGCGAUGCCUCCGACAAGAACAUCGCCUUCAUGCUUCAGGACGAUGAGGCCGAUGGCCCCUAUUACCACCAGGAGUGGGAGGGCAUGAAGCAGACCACUCCCAUCAUCUCCGGUGGCAUGAACGCCCUGCGUCUGCCGGCCUUCUUCGAGAACCUGGGCCACUCCAACGUGAUCCUGACUGCCGGUGGUGGCUCCUUCGGCCACAAGGACGGACCCAAGCCGGGUGCCAUCUCCUGCCGCCAGGGUGAGGAGGCCUGGAAGGCUUGGAAGGCCGGACAGUAUGGCAACAUCAGCCUGAGCGAUGGCGUCAUCGAGUUCGCCAAGACCCACGAGGAGAUCAAGGGCGCUUUCCUUACCUUCCAGAAGGAUGCCGACCAGAUCUACCCGGGCUGGAAGGAGAAGCUGGGCUACACCGGCGAGUCCUCCGUGCAGGCUGCCAGCUUCGACUGGGCCAAGAAGGUUGGACCACCAGCUGGAUGGAUCCAGCGCCCGAUGGUGAGAAUGCUUGGCUUCAGCGGGAAGCGCUCCCGUAAAUUCUCCCUGGUGUCUGCGGUUCUGCGCGCGGCUGCGGCUACGCCACGAAGCGACAAGCGCGCGGAACGCAAAAGCGAGGAAGAUCUUGCUGUCGAGUUCUGUCGUGUUGUGGUCUUCUGCACUGCAGCCCUCCGCAUGGAGGUGCUUGCAUCCCGCAGCCGCUGCACUGGGUCGAUACGUAUUUCUCCCCUUUUCCGCGUCCCGCAGCGCGUUCUUGGGAUGGCUCAGCGUCCAUCCAACAUUGCCCUUGCUGGGGCAGCCGCAGGACCUUACGCUGCAAUGCUGCAAGAAGCCUCAACUCAAGUCAGCUCAAGAGGCGGUCUUGCCCUUCUCGGCUCCACCACCGAUGCCUUCGUGGCCAGUGGACCGAGCCUGCGCGGUGCUCCCGUUGCCCAGUCUCAGGCCGGAUCAGGGCUGUCUCCGGAGAGGUUAGCUUCUUCUCCUUACAGCCGCCCAGGCUGCAGCGUCGGGAAGCUCCCUCUCCGCCUCUUGGACUUCAAGCCUUUGCGGCGCAAGUGCGCGCUCUCGCCGCUGGCGGAGCUCUUGCCGCCGCGGCCGUGGCUGCCAGCCGCCCAGGACAGCCGGGUGGCACGCAGGGCGCUGGACCAGUCCAGCCGAUAUGCAGACCUGUCUCUUGACGAGGCCACGCUGAUCAAGAACGGCAAGCACGUGCUGGUCGCGUACAUCAUGAAGCCGAAGGCAGGUUAUGAUUACCUGGCCACCGCCGCCCACUUCGCAGCCGAGUCUUCCACCGGCACCAACGUGAACGUGUGCACGACGGAUGACUUCACCAAGUCCGUGGAUGCCCUGGUCUACUACAUCGACCCUGACAGCGAGGAGAUGAAGAUCGCGUACCCCACCCUGCUGUUCGACCGCAACAUCAUCGACGGCCGCGGCAUGAUGUGCUCCUUCCUGACCCUGGCUAUCGGCAACAACCAGGGUAUGGGCGAUGUCGAGUACGGCAAGAUCUACGACUUCUACCUGCCCCCGUCCUUCCUGCGCCUGUAUGAUGGGCCCGCUGUGAACGUGGAGGACAUGUGGCGCAUCCUGGGCAAGGGCACCAGCAACGGUGGUCUCGUGGUUGGAACCAUCAUCAAGCCCAAGCUCGGCCUGCAGCCCAAGCCUUUCGGCGAGGCGUGCUACGCCUUCUGGCAGGGCGGAGAUUUCAUCAAAAAUGAUGAGCCGCAGGGCAAUCAGGUGUUCUGUCAGAUGAACGAGUGCAUCCCCGAGGUCGUGAAGGCCAUGAGGGCCUGCAUCAAGGAGACCGGUGUUGGCAAGCUGUUCUCGGCCAACAUCACCGCGGAUGAUCCCAACGAGAUGAUCGCCCGCGGCAAGUACUGCCUGUCCCAGUUUGGCCCACUCUCGGAGAACUGCGCCUUCUUGGUGGAUGGAUACGUCGCAGGAGGCACCGCCGUGACCUGCGCCCGCCGCAACUUCCCCAAGCAGUUCUUGCACUACCACCGAGCCGGACACGGAUCCGUGACCAGCCCCCAGACCCAGCGCGGCUACACCGCCUUCGUGCACACGAAGAUCUCGCGAGUCAUCGGUGCGUCCGGCAUCCACACCGGCACCAUGAGCUUCGGCAAGAUGGAGGGCGAUGCCUCCGACAAGAACAUCGCCUUCAUGCUUCAGGACGAUGAGGCCGAUGGCCCCUACUACCACCAGGAGUGGGAGGGCAUGAAGCAGACCACUCCCAUCAUCUCCGGCGGUAUGAACGCCCUGCGUCUGCCAGCCUUCUUCGAGAACCUGGGCCACUCCAACGUGAUCCUCACCGCCGGCGGUGGCUCCUUCGGCCACAAGGACGGGCCCAAGCCGGGUGCUAUCUCCUGCCGCCAGGGUGAGGAGGCCUGGAAGGAGAUCAAGGGCGCUUUCCUUACCUUCCAGAAGGAUGCCGACCAGAUCUACCCGGGCUGGAAGGAGAAGCUGGGCUACACCGGCGAGUCCUCCGUGCAGGCUGCCAGCUUCGACUGGGCCAAGAAGUCCGCCGCCGCGUCUGUUCGUCGGUUGGAGUGGCUGGUGCUGAUCUCACAUGAGAGGAACGGCAAGCAUGUGCUCGUUGCCUACAUCAUGAAGCCGAAGGCAGGUUAUGAUUACCUGGCCACCGCCGCCCACUUCGCAGCUGAGUCUUCCACCGGCACCAACGUGAACGUGUGCACGACGGAUGACUUCACCAAGUCGGUGGAUGCCUUGGUCUACUACAUCGAUCCUGAUAGCGAGGAGAUGAAGAUCGCCUACCCCACCCUGCUGUUCGACCGCAACAUCAUCGACGGCCGCGGCAUGAUGUGCUCCUUCCUGACCCUGGCUAUCGGCAACAACCAGGGUAUGGGCGAUGUCGAGUACGGCAAGAUCUACGACUUCUACCUGCCCCCGUCCUUCCUGCGCCUGUAUGAUGGGCCCGCCGUGAACGUGGAGGACAUGUGGCGCAUCUUGGGCAAGGGCACCAGCAACGGUGGUCUCGUGGUUGGAACCAUCAUCAAGCCCAAGCUCGGCCUGCAGCCCAAGCCUUUCGGCGAGGCCUGCUAUGCCUUCUGGCAGGGCGGAGAUUUCAUCAAAAAUGAUGAGCCGCAGGGCAACCAGGUGUUCUGUCAGAUGAACGAGUGCAUCCCCGAGGUCGUGAAGGCCAUGAGGGCCUGCAUCAAGGAGACCGGUGUUGGCAAGCUGUUCUCGGCCAACAUCACCGCGGAUGAUCCCAACGAGAUGAUUGCCCGCGGCAAGUACUGCCUGUCCCAAUUUGGCCCACUCUCGGAGAACUGCGCCUUCUUGGUGGAUGGAUACGUCGCAGGAGGCACCGCCGUGACCUGCGCCCGCCGCAACUUCCCCAAGCAGUUCUUGCACUACCACCGAGCCGGACACGGAUCCGUGACCAGCCCCCAGACCCAGCGCGGCUACACCGCCUUCGUGCACACGAAGAUCUCGCGAGUCAUCGGUGCGUCCGGCAUUCACACCGGCACCAUGAGCUUCGGCAAGAUGGAGGGCGAUGCCUCCGACAAGAACAUCGCCUUCAUGCUUCAGGACGAUGAGGCCGAUGGCCCGUACUACCACCAGGAGUGGGAGGGCAUGAAGCAGACCACUCCCAUCAUCUCCGGCGGUAUGAACGCCCUGCGUCUGCCGGCCUUCUUCGAGAACCUGGGCCACUCCAACGUGAUCCUGACUGCCGGUGGUGGCUCCUUCGGCCACAAGGACGGACCCAAGCCGGGUGCCAUCUCCUGCCGCCAGGGUGAGGAGGCCUGGAAGGCUUGGAAGGCCGGACAGUAUGGCAACAUCAGCCUGAGCGAUGGCGUCAUCGAGUUCGCCAAGACCCACGAGGAGAUCAAGGGCGCUUUCCUUACCUUCCAGAAGGAUGCCGACCAGAUCUACCCGGGCUGGAAGGAGAAGCUGGGCUACACCGGCGAGUCCUCGGUGCAGGCUGCCAGCUUCGACUGGGCCAAGAAGGCCUCCGCCGCGGCCUUCGUCGGCGCCAGCGUGGCCCCUGCCAAGAAGGAGAGCAACGUCUCGCUCAAGGCCCUGGAUCAGUCCAGCCGCUACGCAGACCUGUCCCUGGACGAGGCCACCCUGGUCAAGAGACUCGGCUGCAGGUUGGAGUGGCUGGUGCUGAUCUCACAUGAGAGGAACGGCAAGCAUGUGCUCGUUGCCUACAUCAUGAAGCCGAAGGCAGGUUAUGAUUACCUGGCCACCGCCGCCCACUUCGCAGCUGAGUCUUCCACCGGCACCAACGUGAACGUGUGCACGACGGAUGACUUCACCAAGUCGGUGGAUGCCUUGGUCUACUACAUCGAUCCUGAUAGCGAGGAGAUGAAGAUCGCGUACCCCACCCUGCUGUUCGACCGCAACAUCAUCGACGGCCGCGGCAUGAUGUGCUCCUUCCUGACCCUGGCUAUCGGCAACAACCAGGGUAUGGGCGAUGUCGAGUACGGCAAGAUCUACGACUUCUACCUGCCCCCGUCCUUCCUGCGCCUGUAUGAUGGGCCCGCCGUGAACGUGGAGGACAUGUGGCGCAUCUUGGGCAAGGGCACCAGCAACGGUGGUCUCGUGGUUGGAACCAUCAUCAAGCCCAAGCUCGGCCUGCAGCCCAAGCCUUUCGGCGAGGCCUGCUAUGCCUUCUGGCAGGGCGGAGAUUUCAUCAAAAAUGAUGAGCCGCAGGGCAACCAGGUGUUCUGUCAGAUGAACGAGUGCAUCCCCGAGGUCGUGAAGGCCAUGAGGGCCUGCAUCAAGGAGACCGGUGUUGGCAAGCUGUUCUCGGCCAACAUCACCGCGGAUGAUCCCAACGAGAUGAUCGCCCGCGGCAAGUACUGCCUGUCCCAGUUUGGCCCACUCUCGGAGAACUGCGCCUUCUUGGUGGAUGGAUACGUCGCAGGAGGCACCGCCGUGACCUGCGCCCGCCGCAACUUCCCCAAGCAGUUCUUGCACUACCACCGAGCCGGACACGGAUCCGUGACCAGCCCCCAGACCCAGCGCGGCUACACCGCCUUCGUGCACACGAAGAUCUCGCGAGUCAUCGGUGCGUCCGGCAUCCACACCGGCACCAUGAGCUUCGGCAAGAUGGAGGGCGAUGCCUCCGACAAGAACAUCGCCUUCAUGCUUCAGGACGAUGAGGCCGAUGGCCCCUACUACCACCAGGAGUGGGAGGGCAUGAAGCAGACCACUCCCAUCAUCUCCGGUGGCAUGAACGCCCUGCGUCUGCCGGCCUUCUUCGAGAACCUGGGCCACUCCAACGUGAUCCUGACUGGUGAGGAGGCCUGGAAGGCUUGGAAGGCCGGACAGUAUGGCAACAUCAGCCUGAGCGAUGGCGUCAUCGAGUUCGCCAAGACCCACGAGGAGAUCAAGGGCGCUUUCCUUACCUUCCAGAAGGAUGCCGACCAGAUCUACCCGGGCUGGAAGGAGAAGCUGGGCUACACCGGCGAGUCCUCCGUGCAGGCUGCCAGCUUCGACUGGGCCAAGAAGGACCUUACGCUGCAAUGCUGCAAGAAGCCUCAACUCAAGUCAGCUCAAGAGGCCAGUGGACCGAGCCUGCGCGGUGCUCCCGUUGCCCAGUCUCAGGCCGGAUCAGGGCUGUCUCCGGAGAGGUUAGCUUCUUCUCCUUACAGCCGCCCAGGCUGCAGCGUCGGGAAGCUCCCUCUCCGCCUCUUGGACUUCAAGCCUUUGCGGCGCAAGUGCGCGCUCUCGCCGCCGGCGGAGCUCUUGCCGCCGCGGCCGUGGCUGCCAGCCGCCCAGGACAGCCGGGUGGCACGCAGGGCGCUGGACCAGUCCAGCCGAUAUGCAGACCUGUCUCUUGACGAGGCCACGCUGAUCAAGAACGGCAAGCACGUGCUGGUCGCGUACAUCAUGAAGCCGAAGGCAGGUUAUGAUUACCUGGCCACCGCCGCCCACUUCGCCGCCGAGUCCUCCACCGGCACCAACGUGAACGUGUGUACGACGGAUGACUUCACCAAGUCGGUGGAUGCCUUGGUCUACUACAUCGAUCCUGAUAGCGAGGAGAUGAAGAUCGCGUACCCCACCCUGCUGUUCGAUCGCAACAUCAUCGACGGCCGCGGCAUGAUGUGCUCCUUCCUGACCCUGGCUAUCGGCAACAACCAGGGUAUGGGCGAUGUCGAGUACGGCAAGAUCUACGACUUCUACCUGCCCCCGUCCUUCCUGCGCCUGUAUGAUGGGCCCGCUGUGAACGUGGAGGACAUGUGGCGCAUCCUGGGCAAAGGCACCAGCAACGGUGGUCUCGUGGUUGGAACCAUCAUCAAGCCCAAGCUCGGCCUGCAGCCCAAGCCUUUCGGCGAGGCCUGCUAUGCAUUCUGGCAGGGCGGAGAUUUCAUCAAAAAUGAUGAGCCGCAGGGCAACCAGGUGUUCUGUCAGAUGAACGAGUGCAUCCCCGAGGUCGUGAAGGCCAUGAGGGCCUGCAUCAAGGAGACCGGUGUUGGCAAGCUGUUCUCGGCCAACAUCACCGCGGAUGAUCCCAACGAGAUGAUCGCCCGCGGCAAGUACUGCCUGUCCCAGUUUGGCCCACUCUCGGAGAACUGCGCCUUCUUGGUGGAUGGAUACGUCGCAGGAGGCACCGCCGUGACCUGCGCCCGCCGCAACUUCCCCAAGCAGUUCUUGCACUACCACCGAGCCGGACACGGAUCCGUGACCAGCCCCCAGACCCAGCGCGGCUACACCGCCUUCGUGCACACGAAGAUCUCGCGAGUCAUCGGUGCGUCCGGCAUCCACACCGGCACCAUGAGCUUCGGCAAGAUGGAGGGCGAUGCCUCCGACAAGAACAUCGCCUUCAUGCUUCAGGACGAUGAGGCCGAUGGCCCCUACUACCACCAGGAGUGGGAGGGCAUGAAGCAGACCACUCCCAUCAUCUCCGGCGGUAUGAACGCCCUGCGUCUGCCGGCCUUCUUCGAGAACCUGGGCCACUCCAACGUGAUCCUGACUGCCGGUGGUGGCUCCUUCGGCCACAAGGACGGACCCAAGCCGGGUGCCAUCUCCUGCCGCCAGGGUGAGGAGGCCUGGAAGGCUUGGAAGGCCGGACAGUAUGGCAACAUCAGCCUGAGCGAUGGCGUCAUCGAGUUCGCCAAGACCCACGAGGAGAUCAAGGGCGCUUUCCUUACCUUCCAGAAGGACGCCGACCAGAUCUACCCUGGCUGGAAGGAGAAGCUCGGCUACACGGGCGAGUCUUCCGUGCAGGCGGCCAGCUUCGACUGGGCCAAGAAGGCAUCCGCCGCGGCCUUUGUCGGCGCCAGCGUGGCCCCUGCCAAGAAGGAGAGCAACGUAUCGCUCAAGGCCCUGGACCAGUCCAGCCGCUACGCAGACCUGUCCCUGGACGAGGCCACCCUGGUCAAGAACGGCAAGCAUGUGCUCGUUGCCUACAUCAUGAAGCCGAAGGCAGGUUAUGAUUACCUGGCCACCGCCGCCCACUUCGCAGCUGAGUCUUCCACCGGCACCAACGUGAACGUGUGCACGACGGAUGACUUCACCAAGUCGGUGGAUGCCUUGGUCUACUACAUCGAUCCUGAUAGCGAGGAGAUGAAGAUCGCGUACCCCACCCUGCUGUUCGACCGCAACAUCAUCGACGGCCGCGGCAUGAUGUGCUCCUUCCUGACCCUGGCUAUCGGCAACAACCAGGGUAUGGGCGAUGUCGAGUACGGCAAGAUCUACGACUUCUACCUGCCCCCGUCCUUCCUGCGCCUGUAUGAUGGGCCCGCCGUGAACGUGGAGGACAUGUGGCGCAUCCUGGGCAAAGGCACCAGCAACGGUGGUCUCGUGGUUGGCACCAUCAUCAAGCCCAAGCUCGGCCUGCAGCCCAAGCCUUUCGGCGAGGCCUGCUAUGCAUUCUGGCAGGGCGGAGAUUUCAUCAAAAAUGAUGAGCCGCAGGGCAACCAGGUGUUCUGUCAGAUGAACGAGUGCAUCCCCGAGGUCGUGAAGGCCAUGAGGGCCUGCAUCAAGGAGACCGGUGUUGGCAAGCUGUUCUCGGCCAACAUCACCGCGGAUGAUCCCAACGAGAUGAUCGCCCGCGGCAAGUACUGCCUGUCCCAGUUUGGCCCACUCUCGGAGAACUGCGCCUUCUUGGUGGAUGGAUACGUCGCAGGAGGCACCGCCGUGACCUGCGCCCGCCGCAACUUCCCCAAGCAGUUCUUGCACUACCACCGAGCCGGACACGGAUCCGUGACCAGCCCCCAGACCCAGCGCGGCUACACCGCCUUCGUGCACACGAAGAUCUCGCGAGUCAUCGGUGCGUCCGGCAUCCACACCGGCACCAUGAGCUUCGGCAAGAUGGAGGGCGAUGCCUCCGACAAGAACAUCGCCUUCAUGCUUCAGGACGAUGAGGCCGAUGGCCCCUACUACCACCAGGAGUGGGAGGGCAUGAAGCAGACCACUCCCAUCAUCUCCGGCGGUAUGAACGCCCUGCGUCUGCCGGCCUUCUUCGAGAACCUGGGCCACUCCAACGUGAUCCUGACUGCCGGUGGUGGCUCCUUCGGCCACAAGGACGGACCCAAGCCGGGUGCCAUCUCCUGCCGCCAGGGUGAGGAGGCCUGGAAGGCUUGGAAGGCCGGACAGUAUGGCAACAUCAGCCUGAGCGAUGGCGUCAUCGAGUUCGCCAAGACCCACGAGGAGAUCAAGGGCGCUUUCCUUACCUUCCAGAAGGAUGCCGACCAGAUCUACCCGGGCUGGAAGGAGAAGCUGGGCUACACCGGCGAGUCCUCGGUGCAGGCUGCCAGCUUCGACUGGGCCAAGAAGGCCUCCGCCGCGGCCUUCGUCGGCGCCAGCGUGGCCCCUGCCAAGAAGGAGAGCAAAGUAUCGCUCAAGGCCCUGGAUCAGUCCAGCCGCUACGCAGACCUGUCCCUGGACGAGGCCACCCUGGUCAAGAGACUCGGCUGCAGGUUGGAGUGGCUGGUGCUGAUCUCACAUGAGAGGAACGGCAAGCAUGUGCUCGUUGCCUACAUCAUGAAGCCGAAGGCAGGUUAUGAUUACCUGGCCACCGCCGCCCACUUCGCAGCUGAGUCUUCCACCGGCACCAACGUGAACGUGUGCACGACGGAUGACUUCACCAAGUCGGUGGAUGCCUUGGUCUACUACAUCGAUCCUGAUAGCGAGGAGAUGAAGAUCGCGUACCCCACCCUGCUGUUCGACCGCAACAUCAUCGACGGCCGCGGCAUGAUGUGCUCCUUCCUGACCCUGGCUAUCGGCAACAACCAGGGUAUGGGCGAUGUCGAGUACGGCAAGAUCUACGACUUCUACCUGCCCCCGUCCUUCCUGCGCCUGUAUGAUGGGCCCGCCGUGAACGUGGAGGACAUGUGGCGCAUCUUGGGCAAGGGCACCAGCAACGGUGGUCUCGUGGUUGGAACCAUCAUCAAGCCCAAGCUCGGCCUGCAGCCCAAGCCUUUCGGCGAGGCCUGCUAUGCCUUCUGGCAGGGCGGAGAUUUCAUCAAAAAUGAUGAGCCGCAGGGCAACCAGGUGUUCUGUCAGAUGAACGAGUGCAUCCCCGAGGUCGUGAAGGCCAUGAGGGCCUGCAUCAAGGAGACCGGUGUUGGCAAGCUGUUCUCGGCCAACAUCACCGCGGAUGAUCCGAACGAGAUGAUCGCCCGCGGCAAGUACUGCCUGUCCCAGUUUGGCCCACUCUCGGAGAACUGCGCCUUCUUGGUGGAUGGAUACGUCGCAGGAGGCACCGCCGUGACCUGCGCCCGCCGCAACUUCCCCAAGCAGUUCUUGCACUACCACCGAGCCGGACACGGAUCCGUGACCAGCCCCCAGACCCAGCGCGGCUACACCGCCUUCGUGCACACGAAGAUCUCGCGAGUCAUCGGUGCGUCCGGCAUCCACACCGGCACCAUGAGCUUCGGCAAGAUGGAGGGCGAUGCCUCCGACAAGAACAUCGCCUUCAUGCUUCAGGACGAUGAGGCCGAUGGCCCCUACUACCACCAGGAGUGGGAGGGCAUGAAGCAGACCACUCCCAUCAUUUCCGGUGGCAUGAACGCCCUGCGUCUGCCGGCCUUCUUCGAGAACCUGGGCCACUCCAACGUGAUCCUGACUGCCGGUGGUGGCUCCUUCGGCCACAAGGACGGACCCAAGCCGGGUGCCAUCUCCUGCCGCCAGGGUGAGGAGGCCUGGAAGGCUUGGAAGGCCGGACAGUAUGGCAACAUCAGCCUGAGCGAUGGCGUCAUCGAGUUCGCCAAGACCCACGAGGAGAUCAAGGGCGCUUUCCUUACCUUCCAGAAGGAUGCCGACCAGAUCUACCCGGGCUGGAAGGAGAAGCUGGGCUACACCGGCGAGUCCUCCGUGCAGGCUGCCAGCUUCGACUGGGCCAAGAAGGAAGAUCUUGCUGUCGAGUUCUGUCGUGUUGUGGUCUUCUGCACUGCAGCCGACCGCAUGGAGGUGCUUGCAUCCCGCAGACCUUACGCUGCAAUGCUGCAAGAAGCCUCAACUCAAGUCAGCUCAAGAGGCGGUCUUGCCCUUCUCGGCUCCACCACCGAUGCCUUCGUGGCCAGUGGACCGAGCCUGCGCGGUGCUCCCGUUGCCCAGUCUCAGGCCCAGGCUGCAGCGUCGGGAAGCUCCCUCUCCGCUCUCGCCGCUGGCGGAGCUCUUGCCGCCGCGGCCGUGGCUGCCAGCCGCCCAGGACGCCAGACACGCAGCACCAUCCUGCCUACGACUGUGGUGCCCGUGAAGGACAGCCGGGUGGCACGCAGGGCGCUGGACCAGUCCAGCCGAUAUGCAGACCUGUCUCUUGACGAGGCCACGCUGAUCAAGAACGGCAAGCACGUGCUGGUCGCGUACAUCAUGAAGCCGAAGGCAGGUUAUGAUUACCUGGCCACCGCCGCCCACUUCGCAGCCGAAUCUUCCACCGGCACCAACGUGAACGUGUGCACGACGGAUGACUUCACCAAGUCGGUGGAUGCCUUGGUCUACUACAUCGAUCCUGAUAGCGAGGAGAUGAAGAUCGCGUACCCCACCCUGCUGUUCGACCGCAACAUCAUCGACGGCCGCGGCAUGAUGUGCUCCUUCCUGACCCUGGCUAUCGGCAACAACCAGGGUAUGGGCGAUGUCGAGUACGGCAAGAUCUACGACUUCUACCUGCCCCCGUCCUUCCUGCGCCUGUAUGAUGGGCCCGCUGUGAACGUGGAGGACAUGUGGCGCAUCUUGGGCAAGGGCACCAGCAACGGUGGUCUCGUGGUUGGAACCAUCAUCAAGCCCAAGCUCGGCCUGCAGCCCAAGCCUUUCGGCGAGGCCUGCUAUGCCUUCUGGCAGGGCGGAGAUUUCAUCAAAAAUGAUGAGCCGCAGGGCAACCAGGUGUUCUGUCAGAUGAACGAGUGCAUCCCCGAGGUCGUGAAGGCCAUGAGGGCCUGCAUCAAGGAGACCGGUGUUGGCAAGCUGUUCUCGGCCAACAUCACCGCGGAUGAUCCCAACGAGAUGAUCGCCCGCGGCAAGUACUGCCUGUCCCAGUUUGGCCCACUCUCGGAGAACUGCGCCUUCUUGGUGGAUGGAUACGUCGCAGGAGGCACCGCCGUGACCUGCGCCCGCCGCAACUUCCCCAAGCAGUUCUUGCACUACCACCGAGCCGGACACGGAUCCGUGACCAGCCCCCAGACCCAGCGCGGCUACACCGCCUUCGUGCACACGAAGAUCUCGCGAGUCAUCGGUGCGUCCGGCAUCCACACCGGCACCAUGAGCUUCGGCAAGAUGGAGGGCGAUGCCUCCGACAAGAACAUCGCCUUCAUGCUUCAGGACGAUGAGGCCGAUGGCCCCUACUACCACCAGGAGUGGGAGGGCAUGAAGCAGACCACUCCCAUCAUCUCCGGCGGUAUGAACGCCCUGCGUCUGCCGGCCUUCUUCGAGAACCUGGGCCACUCCAACGUGAUCCUGACUGCCGGUGGUGGCUCCUUCGGCCACAAGGACGGACCCAAGCCGGGUGCCAUCUCCUGCCGCCAGGGUGAGGAGGCCUGGAAGGCUUGGAAGGCCGGACAGUAUGGCAACAUCAGCCUGAGCGAUGGCGUCAUCGAGUUCGCCAAGACCCACGAGGAGAUCAAGGGCGCUUUCCUUACCUUCCAGAAGGAUGCCGACCAGAUCUACCCGGGCUGGAAGGAGAAGCUGGGCUACACCGGCGAGUCCUCGGUGCAGGCUGCCAGCUUCGACUGGGCCAAGAAGGCCUCCGCCGCGGCCUUCGUCGGCGCCAGCGUGGCCCCUGCCAAGAAGGAGAGCAACGUAUCGCUCAAGGCCCUGGAUCAGUCCAGCCGCUACGCAGACCUGUCCCUGGACGAGGCCACCCUGGUCAAGAACGGCAAGCAUGUGCUCGUUGCCUACAUCAUGAAGCCGAAGGCAGGUUAUGAUUACCUGGCCACCGCCGCCCACUUCGCAGCUGAGUCUUCCACCGGCACCAACGUGAACGUGUGCACGACGGAUGACUUCACCAAGUCGGUGGAUGCCUUGGUCUACUACAUCGAUCCUGAUAGCGAGGAGAUGAAGAUCGCGUACCCCACCCUGCUGUUCGACCGCAACAUCAUCGACGGCCGCGGCAUGAUGUGCUCCUUCCUGACCCUGGCUAUCGGCAACAACCAGGGUAUGGGCGAUGUCGAGUACGGCAAGAUCUACGACUUCUACCUGCCCCCGUCCUUCCUGCGCCUGUAUGAUGGGCCCGCCGUGAACGUGGAGGACAUGUGGCGCAUCUUGGGCAAGGGCACCAGCAACGGUGGUCUCGUGGUUGGAACCAUCAUCAAGCCCAAGCUCGGCCUGCAGCCCAAGCCUUUCGGCGAGGCCUGCUAUGCCUUCUGGCAGGGCGGAGAUUUCAUCAAAAAUGAUGAGCCGCAGGGCAACCAGGUGUUCUGUCAGAUGAACGAGUGCAUCCCCGAGGUCGUGAAGGCCAUGAGGGCCUGCAUCAAGGAGACCGGUGUUGGCAAGCUGUUCUCGGCCAACAUCACCGCGGAUGAUCCCAACGAGAUGAUUGCCCGCGGCAAGUACUGCCUGUCCCAAUUUGGCCCACUCUCGGAGAACUGCGCCUUCUUGGUGGAUGGAUACGUCGCAGGAGGCACCGCCGUGACCUGCGCCCGCCGCAACUUCCCCAAGCAGUUCUUGCACUACCACCGAGCCGGACACGGAUCCGUGACCAGCCCCCAGACCCAGCGCGGCUACACCGCCUUCGUGCACACGAAGAUCUCGCGAGUCAUCGGUGCGUCCGGCAUUCACACCGGCACCAUGAGCUUCGGCAAGAUGGAGGGCGAUGCCUCCGACAAGAACAUCGCCUUCAUGCUUCAGGACGAUGAGGCCGAUGGCCCGUACUACCACCAGGAGUGGGAGGGCAUGAAGCAGACCACUCCCAUCAUUUCCGGCGGUAUGAACGCCCUGCGUCUGCCGGCCUUCUUCGAGAACCUGGGCCACUCCAACGUGAUCCUGACUGCCGGUGGUGGCUCCUUCGGCCACAAGGACGGACCCAAGCCGGGUGCCAUCUCCUGCCGCCAGGGUGAGGAGGCCUGGAAGGCUUGGAAGGCCGGACAGUAUGGCAACAUCAGCCUGAGCGAUGGCGUCAUCGAGUUCGCCAAGACCCACGAGGAGAUCAAGGGCGCUUUCCUUACCUUCCAGAAGGAUGCCGACCAGAUCUACCCGGGCUGGAAGGAGAAGCUGGGCUACACCGGCGAGUCCUCGGUGCAGGCUGCCAGCUUCGACUGGGCCAAGAAGGCCUCCGCCGCGGCCUUCGUCGGCGCCAGCGUGGCCCCUGCCAAGAAGGAGAGCAACGUAUCGCUCAAGGCCCUGGAUCAGUCCAGCCGCUACGCAGACCUGUCCCUGGACGAGGCCACCCUGGUCAAGAGACUCGGCUGCAGGUUGGAGUGGCUGGUGCUGAUCUCACAUGAGAGGAACGGCAAGCAUGUGCUCGUUGCCUACAUCAUGAAGCCGAAGGCAGGUUAUGAUUACCUGGCCACCGCCGCCCACUUCGCAGCUGAGUCUUCCACCGGCACCAACGUGAACGUGUGCACGACGGAUGACUUCACCAAGUCGGUGGAUGCCUUGGUCUACUACAUCGAUCCUGAUAGCGAGGAGAUGAAGAUCGCGUACCCCACCCUGCUGUUCGACCGCAACAUCAUCGACGGCCGCGGCAUGAUGUGCUCCUUCCUGACCCUGGCUAUCGGCAACAACCAGGGUCGUGGGCUCAGAAUGCCCUGUUGUAUGGGCGAUGUCGAGUACGGCAAGAUCUACGACUUCUACCUGCCCCCGUCCUUCCUGCGCCUGUAUGAUGGGCCCGCCGUGAACGUGGAGGACAUGUGGCGCAUCUUGGGCAAGGGCACCAGCAACGGUGGUCUCGUGGUUGGAACCAUCAUCAAGCCCAAGCUCGGCCUGCAGCCCAAGCCUUUCGGCGAGGCCUGCUAUGCCUUCUGGCAGGGCGGAGAUUUCAUCAAAAAUGAUGAGCCGCAGGGCAACCAGGUGUUCUGUCAGAUGAACGAGUGCAUCCCCGAGGUCGUGAAGGCCAUGAGGGCCUGCAUCAAGGAGACCGGUGUUGGCAAGCUGUUCUCGGCCAACAUCACCGCGGAUGAUCCCAACGAGAUGAUUGCCCGCGGCAAGUACUGCCUGUCCCAAUUUGGCCCACUCUCGGAGAACUGCGCCUUCUUGGUGGAUGGAUACGUCGCAGGAGGCACCGCCGUGACCUGCGCCCGCCGCAACUUCCCCAAGCAGUUCUUGCACUACCACCGAGCCGGACACGGAUCCGUGACCAGCCCCCAGACCCAGCGCGGCUACACCGCCUUCGUGCACACGAAGAUCUCGCGAGUCAUCGGUGCGUCCGGCAUCCACACCGGCACCAUGAGCUUCGGCAAGAUGGAGGGCGAUGCCUCCGACAAGAACAUCGCCUUCAUGCUUCAGGACGAUGAGGCCGAUGGCCCCUACUACCACCAGGAGUGGGAGGGCAUGAAGCAGACCACUCCCAUCAUUUCCGGUGGCAUGAACGCCCUGCGUCUGCCGGCCUUCUUCGAGAACCUGGGCCACUCCAACGUGAUCCUGACUGCCGGUGGUGGUUCCUUCGGCCACAAGGACGGACCCAAGCCGGGUGCCAUCUCCUGCCGCCAGGGUGAGGAGGCCUGGAAGGCUUGGAAGGCCGGACAGUAUGGCAACAUCAGCCUGAGCGAUGGCGUCAUCGAGUUCGCCAAGACCCACGAGGAGAUCAAGGGCGCUUUCCUUACCUUCCAGAAGGAUGCCGACCAGAUCUACCCGGGCUGGAAGGAGAAGCUGGGCUACACCGGCGAGUCCUCCGUGCAGGCUGCCAGCUUCGACUGGGCCAAGAAGGCCUAA